AUGUCCACAGUCGUAACCACAAAGUGCCAUCGCAAGGGUCGAAACGCAGAGAGAGAGAGACUCGCCACUAGUGCACUCACCAAUAUACUCACCACUAGUACACUCACUAGUACACUCACCACUAGUACACUCACUAGUACACUUACCACUACACUCACCACUAGUACACUCACCACUAGUACACUCACCACUAGUACACUCACUAGUACACUUACCACUACACUCACUAGUGCACUCGCCAAUAUACUCACCACUAGUACACUCACUACUAGUACACUCACCACUAGUACACUCACCACUACACUCACCACUACACUCACUACUACACUCACCACUACACUCACUACUACACUCACCACUACACUCACCACUAGUACACUCACUACUACACUCACCACUACACUCACCACUAGUACACUCACCACUACACUCACCACUACACUCACCACUACACUCACUACUAGUACACUCACUACUACACUCACCACUACACUCACCACUACACUCACUACUAGUACACUCACCACUACACUCACCACUAGUACACUCACCACUAGUACACUCACUACUACACUCACCACUACACUCACCACUACACUCACCACUACACUCACCACUAGUACACUCACUACUACACUCACCACUACACUCACCACUACACUCACCACUAGUACACUCACCACUACACUCACCACUACACUCACCACUACACUCACCACUAGUACACUCACUAGUACACUUACCACUACACUCACCACUAGUACACUCGCCACUACACUCACCACUAGUACACUCACCACUAGUACACUCACCACUACACUCACCACUAGUACACUCGCCACUACACUCACCACUAGUACACUCACCACUACACUCACCACUAGUACACUCACCACUACACUCACCACUAGUACACUCACCACUAGUACACUUACCACUACACUCACCACUAGUACACUCACCACUACACUCACCACUAGUACACUCACCACUACACUCACCACUAGUACACUCGCCACUACACUCACCACUAGUACACUCGCCACUACACUCACCACUAGUACACUCACCACUACACUCACCACUAGUACACUCACCACUAGUACACUUACCACUACACUCACCACUAGUACACUCGCCACUACACUCACCACUAGUACACUCACCACUAGUACACUCACCACUACACUCACCACUAGUACACUCACCACUACACUCACCACUAGUACACUCACCACUACACUCACCACUACACUCACUACUACACUCACCACUACACUCACCACUAGUACACUCACCACUACACUCACCACUACACUCACUACUACACUCACCACUACACUCACCACUAGUACACUCACCACUACACUCACCACUACACUCACCACUACACUCACUACUACACUCACUACUACACUCACCACUACACUCACCACUAGUACACUCACCACUACACUCACCACUACACUCACCACUACACCCACUACUACACUCACCACUACACCCACUACUACACUCCCCACUACACUCACCACUAGUACACUCACUACUAGUACACUCACCACUAGUACACUCACCACUACACUCACCACUAGUACACUCGCCACUACACUCACCACUAAUACACUCACCACUACACUCACCACUACACUCACUACUACACUCACCACUACACUCACCACUAGUACACUCACCACUACACUCACUACUACACUCACCACUACACUCACCACUACACUCACUACUACACUCACCACUACACUCACCACUACACUCACCACUAGUACACUCACCACUACACUCACCACUACACUCACUACUAGUACACUCACUACUACACUCACCACUACACUCACCACUACACUCACUACUAGUACACUCACUACUACACUCACUACUACACUCACCACUAGUACACUCACCACUAGUACACUCACUACUACACUCACCACUACACUCACCACUAGUACACUCACCACUACACUCACCACUACACUCACCACUAGUACACUCACUACUACACUCACCACUACACUCACCACUAGUACACUCACCACUACACUCACCACUACACUCACCACUAGUACACUCACUACUACACUCACCACUACACUCACCACUAGUACACUCACCACUACACUCACCACUACACUCACCACUACACUCACCACUAGUACACUCACUAGUACACUUACCACUACACUCACCACUAGUACACUCGCCACUACACUCACCACUAGUACACUCACCACUACUACACUCACCACUACACUCACCACUACACGAUGAUGAUGACGACGACGACGAUGACGACGAUGAUGACGACGAUGAUGAUGUAAAAGUAGCAUCACGGCUCCCGGCGACUUCCUAACAUCGGAAGGGAAGAGCGUUCCAGACGGCCACGGAAGCAGCGCACGGCCUGCAAUGACCCCCUCUCGUUUCCGUGACGAAUCCCAUUCCAGUCGGCUGUGUCGGGGGCGGUGGAGGGUCACGGCACAUGUAUACUUGCGCGAUCUAACCCAAAAUUAUUUAAUAUUAAUCAUAUUGGCCGCUAAAACUCGCGUGUUUGACCGUCCCAAUGAAGUCUGCCGUAUUUUUGUCACCCCCCUCCCUCCCCCUCCUCUAAAUAAACUCGACGGCUGAAGCGA